UUCAGUUUUUACAGGAUAGGAUAUAGUAAUAUAUUUCGUUUGAAAUCUUAAUUAAAGUAUUAAUUUAUCCUCAACAAAAUGAGAAGUUCCGUCGGAAUUACUUCAAUCACUUUUGCAUUGCUAUUCACAACAGGUAUAGCUCUUAAGUGCUACGUGUGCAAAGAUUGCGAAACCGGUUUGAGUGGGAACGACGUUCGUAAUUGCACCAUGAUCCCCGGAACUACGACAAGAUGUUACACAACGGAGGAGACAUUGACAAUAUCAGGGGAGAAAACAGUCAAACGAGGAUGUUCGCACUAUCCUUCUAAUUCCUGCAAUGAGAUGACUUUGCAUGAAAUGAAACUGAAGAUUUGCCAUUGCGAUGCAGAUCUUUGUAAUCGACACACAGAGGCGAGAGCAUCAACUGCUGGUAACAGCGCAAGUGGCUUUAUUGUGACGAAAAGAAGAAAUCUGGUUGCAUUUGCAAUGUUUGUUCUACAUGCUUUGAAAUAA